GCGCCGCGCGUCACGUCACGGCCCGGCCCGGCCCGGCCCAGCCGGCGUUGCCCCGGCAGCAGAGCAGGCGCCGCGCGGGAAGGUGCAGGCGGCUUCGGCUCCAGCUCCCCGCGCUCGCAGCGCAGCCCGGCCCGGCCCGGCCGUCCUGAGCAUUUCUUUCAUCAUGAGUUCUGAAUUAAAUGUUCCAGUGGAUCCUUCUACCCCUGCUUGCUGUUCUGAACCAGGCACAAAAGGCAUGGAUUAUCGGGACUGGGUCCGGCGUAGUUAUCUGGAACUGGUCACUUCAAAUCAUCACUCGGUUCAGGCCCUGUCAUGGAGAAAACUCUACUUGAGCCGAGCCAAGCUCAAAGCAUCCAGCAGAACGUCUGCUUUGCUCUCUGGGUUUGCUAUGGAUUGUUGUUUACUCCUGAAAUGCCUCUCACUGAGUCAUCAAUCAAUCUUAAAGAUUCAUCAGAGCACAUCAUGGAAGCCACCCUUAGGGAAUAUGCUGGUCGCCAUGGUGGAAGUGCAGUUAGAGAUGCAGUAUAAGUAUCCCCAAAUGCUGCUGAUUGCUUUCAGUGCCUGCACAACAGUGCUGGUUGCAGUUCAUCUCUUUGCCCUUCUCAUCAGCACCUGUAUACUACCUAAUGUGGAAGCAGUAAGUAACAUCCACAACCUGAACUCUAUCAGUGAAUCCCCACAUGAGCGCAUGCAUCUCUACAUAGAGCUGGCUUGGGGUUUCUCUACAGUCUUAGGAAUCCUCCUUUUCCUUGCUGAGGUUGUGCUUCUCUGUUGGAUAAAAUUUCUGCCUGUGGACUCCAUUAUGAAAAAUGAGACUACCAUCAUUCAGCAGCCCACUGGCCAUGCUGGCUGGCAAGCAGCACUGGUUUCUACCAUCAUCAUGGUGCCAGUGGGUCUGAUUUUUGUGGUCUUCACCAUCCACUUCUACCGGUCUCUCGUCCGGCACAAAACCGAGCGCCAUAACCGGGAGAUCGAAGAGCUCCACAAACUGAAAGUGCAAUUAGAUGGACAUGACAGAGGGCUGCAGGUGGUGUGACAGGAGCAGAUACAGAAUCAAAACAAAUAAUUGAGCUAACACAAAUAGCAAAAUAAACCAUUUUUGCUAUCAGGAGCUGAAUACACCAGUGAUGGUGUAAAUAUCUAAAAUGCGAAUUGUCUGCCAUACAUGGUUCUAGUGCUGUUUCAGACCCUGGGAUCUCUGGUCUAUUUCUGGUCCUACACAACUGUGUACUUAAAUAGACACUGCCACGUUGUUGAACCUCAACAUUUUACCAACUUUAACAUUAUAGUCGGGUUUCUGAUUCCCUCUGUUUUGAAAAAUAUAACUUUCUGUUGCCAAAGGUGAAAGUACUUCAGCUUCCCCAAAGUGCUGUUAUUAUAGGACCUGUUUUUAUGCAUCAGGUCCCUUGCUGGCAGUAUAUCACCAAUGAACUGGCAACCUCUAUUUCUAGAGUUGAUUUGGCAUCUCCUACAGAUUUCACCAGGAAAUUGUGAAAGUAUGAUGGAACAUGAGUGUUUGUCACCUUUAUUAUUAAGAGGGUGUAGAAAUGGAGGCAGGACUUGAAAUGUGUAAGGACUUGAAAAUCAGUCUUAGUUCAUACAUUUUCCCUACUGCUCUUUUACAACAGGGGAGCAAGAGUUUUGGGCUGGCAGGAGCUGUUUUUUUGCCUACUUCAAUAGCAUCCAAUCUUUUAGAAUGAGUGUGUGCUCAGAUUCAGAUAACAAAGCUUUGUGUAAAGGCUCUGUGAAAAGCUUGCAGACAUUUUCUUUUAAUAUAAAGGUUGUUUAAGGAUGUGGGAUUUUGAAAGACUAGAAAAGGAGAUGUAAAGGAGAUGCGGUAUAAUAGUGGACAGUACAGUAACAAAACCUGGUUCUGUCAUCUUCAUUUGCUUUGUAUCUACAAGAACAAAAUAUGUCCUUUUCCUGGCCUUGUUCGUCUCACAGAGAGGGGUUGGAGUCCAGAUACCAUACCUUUGCCGUAUUCUUUUUUCCUAAUUGUACCUGAGAGGAAAGUAGCAUUUUAAACCCGUCUAAAAUGUCAGACAGUUUCUUCCCCUAAAGCAGCCCCCACCUCUGUGGCACAUGAUAAAUUUGGGGGAGCUGUGUCCAGGCUUUGUCAAAGGGAGAGCUAUGUAGUUCAAGAGCUAUCAUGUUUCCCUUGCAUUGGCUGUUUUUCAGCUGUAGUGAAAGUGAUUCCUGUUUGUGUCUGCAGAGCUGAAGGAAUGAAGCUUAUAAAACACUGUAGCGUCUUUCUGGCUUUAAAAAACUCUAUAAAUGAGGUCAUGAUUAAUGGUAACCAUUUCAGGCCAGGAAAAUUAUUGUUCUGUAAUAAGUUGCUUGCUUUUUGUUUUUUAAGAGAAGAGCAAUUUGUUUCAGUUUGAUAAGGAAAAAAUACAUGUACAAAAUCUGUCUUGCUGCUUAGGCUGAAGUCUGCCCUACACCAUUACGCUCAGCAACAGUUUUACAGUUUCUCUCAGCUGCCAGUCCUGAAUGUUUGUAAUGGUCUCUCUAAGCCCCUCCCUACUCAUCACUGGUAUUUAAGUGUAACAUCAGAAACUGUAAUAGCCACAAACAUAAGAACUCUCCCCUGCUUUGGAGAUAGGCAUGAACCUCAAAGCUAAAUUUGGAUCAUUUACACUUUAGUUCCAUAUGGAGAAUUUCCUUUAAUAAAGGGAGCUAAAUAUGCCAGACCUCAGCAAAGCAGUGUGAAGACCCACAUCCUGCAAAGACUUCUGGGCACGUCAUUACCUGUAAGCACUGUAUAUAUUUCUGCUAAGCUCAAUUAAAGUGUUUGCAGUACUUGGGACUACAGUUCCUCACUUAAAACCAGUCAGGAAUAUCCCUGUUGCUAUGCCCUCAAGGUUCCCAAUUCACAUCUUCCCCCUUCCCUCAAAAGAUUGAUGCUGUCACAAAAAGACACUCCUCAAUAUACCUUCCAGCUAGAGCGCCACAAAAAUCCCUCCCCAUCUCAGUCCAAUCCCCAAAUGCCAACAUAACCAGGCCAGCACAUUUAUUUUCUAAUUAAUUUCUUAAUAUCAGUCUAAUUUGUAUCCUUUUAAAAAAUGAACACUCUAAAUGAUGUGAUAGGCAUCUAAAUUUAGAAGACGUUGCCAUGAAUAGCAGUGCAUGAAGUUCAACACUUGCCUGUGUUUUGGUUCCAGGCACUGAUAUUCAGAGAGGAAUGUUGACUCAUUUAAGUGCCAGAGGAAAAAUUCUGUUGAAGUCAACAGAUUGUGCACUUUGUCUAUUUCUGCUUUAUCUAUGCAUGGAAAGUAUGUUAUGGAAUAUGUAUAUGUGCGUGUGUCUAUGUACAACUGAAAAGAACCGAUCCUGUGUGAAACAGGAUGAACAAGUUCAAACGUAUAGCAGACCUUUCCAUAUUUAGUCAAACAACUUUAAUUUUCCUUUUGCAAAAUGUCCAACAUGCAAGUCACUGAAUUUUAAUGGAUGUCUUGUUUGUGGAAGGUGUUUACAAGUUGCUAAUCUUCAUUAAGAAGAUAAACAGCCACGAUAGGAGUCAGUGUUACAUUUUAAACUAUUAAAGUAUACUUUACAUUAACUGCAUUAGCUGAGUAGCCAAAAAUGUUCUAAGCAGCUCUUAGUUGCACAUUAAAAAUCUUUUUGUACUUUCCACAGAUCUCCCUAAUACCUGAUAAUCCAGAAAAAAACUCUUAUUAAUGUCCUAUAAUGCUGCCAUUCUGCCUUUUUAGGAAAGAACAUGCAUAUGCUUCUGACCAAUUAAAACAGAGCCACUGUGUGUGUUACUGAUGCUAUAAAAAUGGUGAGUGUUGACCUUUUGGGGAGCUCUUAAAGAGGUGUCCAAGUCAGAGUUUACUUAAAGAAAAGUAUAUGCUAAGGUAUGGCAGCAAAAAGUGACCAAAUGAAACUUUGGUAUCUGUAAAACUGGAUGAUGGAAAUACGGUACUCUCUUUGGGUUUUUUUUAUUCGGAAUACAAGAAUUUGCACUUCUAAAAACCUAAUUAUUCCAAGUCUCUGCAAUCUCUACGUUCUUCUGGGCUUGGACAUUGUCCUCCUUUAUAUUGUAGCUGAAAACACAGCUAAUAAAUAGCACAGUAUCAACUGUAAUACAUCCCAUUAUUUGUCUUGUUUAGGGAUUACAUCCUUUUUGAAGCCAUCUGGUUUCAUUGAGAGAUUAACGAGAUAAUACAAAAUAUUUUAAGAAUAGUCAGAAGACAGAAUGAAAAUUAAAGGGAAAAAGUUUGUGACUGAAAAUAAGGACCAAACAUUAAUGUAAAUACUCUUUCUAUUGCAGCUUAUUAUGGCAGGGGGUAACUACUGAAGCCAAGCAGGCCGAUUUAUAAUAGCGGUUCCCAUACAGCGGGUGUUCCAGGCUCUCUAACUUUAUGAGCCUUUGUACUGAGCUACAGAAGGCUGCCGGUCAAAUGAAUAUGGUCUAAAUCAAGAUGGAGCUGGGGCUUAGACUGUCUCAAGAUUCAUCUUGAGAUAAAGCACUCUGCACUAAUGCAGAACUGGCAGCGGGUACGAGUAUUACAGAUAAAGUUAGUCUAAAUUGGUAUGUUGAUCAGAAAGGGUUGGGAACCUCUAAUUUAAGAGCACAAGUUAUUCAAUCCUGCUUUCAGGGCGGACUAGAAAAAUAGUAAUUUCAGAGUUGUUGGGUUUUUUUAACCAAAACAUGGCUGCAGUAAGUAAAUCUCAUACGUGCUGCAUUUCCAGUGAUAUCAGCUGCAAACUGCUAUCAUGAAGUGACUGAUCUGAAUUCAAUAUAUUGUCUCCUGCCAUGGGCAGUCUUGUGGAGAAUAAGCUUUACCUGCUGCCAGCGUGUAGAUGAUGCUCUGUUGUCAGUAUGUCUGAACAGCAGGACAUGCUUUCAAAGCUUACGUGGAGUUUGAUUUCCGUCAAUGUACAUUUAACACAUGAUAAUAAAUUUAAGAGUUAACAUGUCACUUGUAUAUUUCUUUUUAAAUAGUUGAGUAAAUUGACCCUGGUUCAUUGCAAGUAUUAACAGAACUAUGGUUGCAUCUGUAAACUCAAGCUGAUUAAAUAUAUUGGAUAAGUGAA